AUGCCAAAAUCUCGGGCUCACCACGUGGAAUCGGAUGACAUUGACUCCACGAGCUCAGUCCUAGUGACAACCUCCGAACCUCAUGAACUAGUGGAACAAACCACUUCUGGCCCAUUUCCUGCUUUCGAUGAGGUUCAACACUUUGUCGAUGAGCACAACCUUUCAAGCCAUGUCGAUGUGUUUCGUAAGGCAGCCUUGGUUCCUCGAGGCGAACUGACUCUGGACGAGAUUCCCCAACUGUCGCAGGGUGAAAGACAAUCGCUGCAAGACGAACGAGGUCGAAAAUGGCGACAACCCAAAAUGCUCUAUUUCACUGUCCUAGUUUGUUCUCUGGGCGCAGUUGAGCAGGGCUGGGCUCAGACCGGAAUGAAUGGCGCUAACCUCACCUUUCCCAAGGCGUUUGGCAUCGACUCACAGACCAGACGCGACACAUUCAUAGUCGGAUUCAUCAACAGCGGAAUCUAUCUUAGCACGGGAUUGGUUGGUGCGUGGUCUUCGGAUUUCAUCAACAAUCGACUCGCUCGAAGGGGGACUAUCAUGCUUGGGGCAUGCCUGUGCCUCAUCUCCAAUCUUGGUGCAGGAAUGAGCUCCACAUGGAAACAACUUUUGUGUUUCCGGAUGAUCCUCGGCGUCGGUCUGGGACUGAAUGCAAGCACGGUCUCCGUUUUCCAGGCGGAAUGCGCCCCUGCGCAGAUCCGUGGCGGGCUGGCUGUUCAAUGGCAGAUGUGGACUGCGUUUGGCAUUUUCCUGGGCUUUGUGGCAAAUACGGCUUUUUACAACUUCGGCGACGACGCCUGGAGAUGGCAAGUGGCAGCUCCUUUUCUCCCUACAGUGCCUCUUCUCUGCAUGAUCUACACGUGCCCAGAAUCACCCGCGUGGCACAUCAAACACGGGAAAAGAUAUGACCGUGCAUUUCAGUCCUUGAGAGCCCUUCGAACCACGGACCUCGUCGCGGCCAAGGAGAUCUAUUCGUCGUCUCAACAAGAUCAGAUCAAGGUGAAAUCACAGGGCCAGGACCUAUCUUUCUGGGCCAGGCUCUAUGAUCUUGUCACUGUGCCUCGAAUCCGCCGGGCGGCCACCGCAUCCUACGUCGUCAUGUUGUCUCAACAAUUGUGUGGUAUCAACAUUAUCGCUUUCUACUCUUCUACUAUCUUCUCCGAUGCUGGAUUUUCCACAUUUGGGGCUCUAGUAGCAUCCUGUGUCUUUGGCUUUGUCAACUUUGUCGGGGCAUUCCCAGCCGUAUGGAGCAUGGAUAGUUUUGGACGCAGAUGGCUUCUGUUGCUAACAUUACCUCUGAUGGCAUUAACAAUGCUAGCGGCUAGCUUGAGCUUUGCGUUGCCAGCCGGUACUUCAGCCCACUUUGGCCUUCUCGCAACAUUGAUCUAUCUAUUCUGUGCAUUGUAUUCUCCUGGAAUGGGGCCAGUGCCAAACACUUACUCCGCAGAAGUAUUCCCUCUGAGUCAUCGAGAAGUGGGCAUGUCCAUGGCAGUGUCUACAGCCAAUUUCUGGGCGGCUGUGCUUUCAAUCACAUUUCCACGGAUCCUGAGUACAUUCCAGGCAUCAGGCGCGUUUGCCUUGUAUGCUAUCCUCAACGUGGUCGCGCUCAUACUGGUCUUUCUCUUUGUUCCGGAGACACGACUGAAGACUCUUGAUGAGCUAGACAAUGUGUUUGCGAUUUCAUCUCGGACUUUCAUUCGCCAUCAAGUCACCUCGUUUUUGCCAUGGUUGUGGAAGCGGUACCUGUUGAGAGAUCAGCAUGCUGAACUGCGACCGCUUGAGGCUAGUGGUGAGUAUCGUCAGCUAGACCAGGAUGAAUUAGAACAAGACUAG